AUUUUAGUUUCUCUCCAGACUUGAACCCAGAGAUUUGAGGAUAUCAUGGAUAUCAGGGCUGUAAACGCUCUCUCGUAUGAGCAGUUUGUGGAGAUAUUUGGUAACGUGGUGGAGAAAUGCCCCCUGAUCCCAGCUGCGAUUUGGACACACAGUCCAUUCACUGAUAUAAUGGACAUACAGAAUCAUAUAUCAGAGUUUAUAGACAGUUUACCUGAAACAGGGAAAGAGGGCAUCCUGCGGUGUCACCCCGAUCUGGCAGGAAGGGAUCUGCACAGUGGCACCCUUACACUGGAAUCUCAGGCGGAACAAAGAGCUGCCGGCCUUACCGACCUGCGGCCUGCCGAAAUAUCGCACAUGCACCGUCUGAACUCUGAGUACAAGGAGCGUUUCGGCUUCCCGUUCAUCAUAUGUGCACGCAUUAACGACAAAGGGGACAUAAUGCGCCAGCUAGUCGACAGACUCGGAAAUGGGCGUGACACAGAAAGGGCACACGCCAUCGAAGAGGUGAAGAAGAUUUGUAGCCUGCGGCUGCACAGCGUCGUGCUGCCUGAUUCCCCAAACAAGCUCUGAGUGAUGAACAACCACACGUCUCACAUAUGAAAUAUGAAUACGUGUAAAGUGGGACAGAAUGUACAGUGGUGACGAUUGAGUAAUAUUUUAAUAAAAAGUGUUCAGUUUACAGCCAUUAAUGUUCCACAGAUUUUCCCCCCAAUUUACUCCCAAUUUAGUCAUAUCCAAUUACCCAAUUGCAUUUAAUUACAAUAUUUGGGGGAACAUGCGAAAACAAACAAAAAAUGACUGGCGAUAAUAGAUAUGAAAUCUGUUGGCAUCCCUUUUCUGUUUAUAUGAUGAAUAAAGAGUCACAUAUCAGGUGCUAACACAGAGA